AUGUUUCUGGCAGCAAGGCUAGAAGGCAGGUCGGCCGGAAGGCAUGGAAAAUCAGGGGAACAGCAAGGAAGAAAGGUAGAAAGGCAGCGAGGACCAGGCUGGACCAGGCAAGAGGCUGGACAGUUCGACAUGAGAGCAGUACGGAAGGAAGAUAUGAAGGCAGAAACGCAGAUCGGCAGGAAGACAGGUCGGCAGAAAGACAAAACGGCAGCAAGACAGGUUGGCAGCAAGACAGGUCGGCAGCAAGACAGGUCGGCAGCAAGAGAGGUCGGCAACAAGACAGGUCGGCAGCAAGAGAGGUCGGCAGCAAGACAGAUCAGCAGCAGGAGAGGUCGGCAACAAGACAGGUCGGCAGCAAGACAGGUUGGCAGCAAGACAGGUCGGCAGCACGACAAGUCGGCAGCAGGACAAGUCGGCAGCAGGACAAGUCGGCAGCAAGACAGGUCGGCAGCAAAACAGGUCAGCGGCAAGACAGAUCGGCGGCUAGACAGGUCGGCAGCAAGACAGGUCAGCAGCAAGACAGGUCGGUAG